AUGAAUACCACAACUGGCUUUGUUAAUCUAAUGUAUAGUCAAUCUUCAGUUGAUCUUGAGUCACCCGAACCAGCUUGGUUCGGGUCCCAAGGUCCUGAUGAGUUUGUUUUCCACCCUGGUGUCGAGUCUUCUUUCCAACCUGGUGUCCAGUCUGCUGUGCAGCCUGGUGUCCAGUCUGCUGUGCAGCCUGGUGUCCAGUCUGCUGUGCAGCCUACUGUCGAGUCUGCUAACAAAGAGAGGAGGAAAUGGUCUCCUAAUGAGGAUAAAAUCCUCAUUGGUGCUUGGCUUAACACCAGCAAAGACCCCGUUGUCAGCUGUGACCAGAAAGCUGAACUACCUAGAGAGCUUGGUCCAGCGAAGCAGCGGUGGGCUAGGAUUAACGAGCAGGUCUGUAAGUUCGUUGGAUGCUAUGAGGCGGCGUUGAGGGGGCAGAGAAGUGGUCAGAAUGAAGACGAUGUGAUGAAAGCUGCCCUCGAAUCAUUCUUCAACAUUUAUGAGCACAAGUUCAGCCUCGAACAUGCGUGGAGGGAGCUGAGGCAUGACCAGAAAUGGUGCACCACCUAUAUGGUUAAAGAUGGUGGGAAGGAGAAGCGCAAACCAGUGGUGGACGUUGAUACAGAAGAUGAUGUUACCGAACCUGAAAGCAGACCAGUUGGUGUGAAAGCUGCUAAAGCAGCUGGUAAGAGGAAGAAGAGUGGCAAGGAAGAAGAGAUGUCACAGCUUCAGUCCAUCAUGGAAAUGAAAGAAAAGCUCUCUAAACAAAAGAUUCUAGAACGUUUACUUGCCAAAAAAGAUCCUCUCUCCGAGAUGGAAGAAUCUCUUAAACUGAAACUCAUGACUGAGAUGUUAUGA